UCCCUCCUCCUCAUUUCAAUGUAAGAUGGUGGUGAGAAGCUGCUGUCUAAAGAAACACUUAGAUUGAAAAAGAAAACGUCGAGCCAACAGUUUAAAAGCAGAGCUGAGCAGGUCAGCGUUUGAAAGUGUAGGCUGGAGGGAAUCCGAGCUGCUCAGAGGCUUUAACUUCCGCCCCAAACAAAUCUUUUCGCGAAUAUCUCUGGAGUGGAAUUCCCUGCAUUUGGAAAGCUAAACUCCUGUUUUGGUUAAUUGCUGUGGUCGGAGACUCUACUGUACCAGUGCAAUAGGAUGUCCCGUAGUCCCGAGCUGAAGGAAGACCCUAUGGAGUGUCCUCUGUGCAUGGAACCGCUCGAGAUUGACGACGUCAACUUCUUCCCAUGCACCUGCGGCUACCAAAUCUGCCGUUUCUGCUGGCACCGCAUUCGGACAGACGAGAAUGGCCUCUGCCCAGCCUGUAGAAAGCCAUACCCGGAAGACCCGGCUGUAUACAAGCCCCUGUCACAGGAGGAGAUCCAGAGGAUAAAGAACGAAAAGAAGCAGAAGCAGAAUGAGAAGAAGCAGAAGGUGACUGAGAACCGUAAGCACUUGGCUAGUGUCCGUGUGGUGCAGCGGAAUCUAGUGUUUGUGGUGGGACUCUCGCAGAGGCUCGCGGACCCGGAGGUCCUUAAGAGGCCAGAGUAUUUUGGAAAGUUUGGCAAAAUACAUAAAGUGGUCAUCAACAAUAGCACGUCAUAUGCAGGCUCACAGGGUCCUAGUGCCAGUGCCUAUGUUACUUAUGUCCGCUCAGAGGAUGCCCUGAGAGCAAUACAGUGUGUUAACAAUGUGGUAGUCGAUGGUAGAACACUUAAGGCUUCUUUAGGUACAACAAAGUACUGCAGCUAUUUUCUGAAAAGCAUGCAGUGCCCCAAGCCUGACUGUAUGUAUCUACAUGAACUGGGAGAUGAGGCAGCUAGUUUUACUAAAGAGGAAAUGCAGGCUGGGAAACACCAGGAAUAUGAGCAGAAACUACUCCAAGAUCUUUACAAAAUGAAUCCCAACUUUCUCCAAUCUUCAACAUGUGGAGGGGAGAAGAUGAAAAACAAAGCAAACGCUACGCAAAGACCAAACAGUAGCAAUAAAGAGGGCUGGCCCUUGUUACAGGGCUAUGGUAAACUAGUUAAUGGUUUACCUACAGAACAUCGUAAGUCCCCACCUCUUUUAGACUGUCUGACAGACUCGGAUCACCUGACCCCAGAUGAACCAGACCCUGAACUAGGAGCAGAUCAGAGCACAGGCCUCUCGCCCUUCCCCUCAGCCUUAGAGCCCACCAGUCCUGUUGAUAAACCAACAGAACCUGUAAGUAUAGGGAAUGGAGAGAAUAUACCACAGGUCCCAAGCAGUGACUCACCCUCUCCUCCUCCCGGGCUAUCUAAGCCAAGCCUUGUGGUGCCCAUCAGUGUCGCUGACUUGACAGCUCGCUCCCCUUUCGAAGGGGCAGCCGCCGAGUCUCAGUCCCUCUUUUCGGACAACAGUAACUUCAGACACCCCAACCCCAUCCCCAACAGUCUGCCGUCCUUCCCCAACUCCCCGCAGGGGGGCUCUGAUUGGCCUAUGACCCCUGAACCACAGAGCCUCUUUGCCUCAGACACCAUCCCUGUCUCCUCAUCCACUGACUGGCAGGCAGCCUUCGGUUUCGGCUCUUCGGCCAAGCAGCAGCAGGACGACGACCUGGGCUUUGAUCCCUUCGACGUGACGAGGAAAGCCCUGGCUGACCUCAUUGAGAAGGAGCUGUCGGUUCAGGAAGCUUCACCUCGGUCCCCCACUCUCCCGCUCCACCAGCCCAGCCUUCCCAACGGUCAACAGCGUUUCCCCCAGCUACAGCAUCGAGGCCUCUACAAUUCCUUCAGCUUGCCCCCACACACAGCCUCACGCCAUCCUUGGCUGGGCAUCCCCACCCGCAAUAACCUAACACACUUGAACCAUGCGACCAGCGCAGCUGCUGCACAUAGUCACUUCCUAGACGUCACCGGCCCUCCCCAGCACCACAACACAGGCCUUGGGGGAAUACCUAUAUCAGAAAACAACAGCUCAGUGGAAAGCAUAAAUGUGAAAGAAUGGCAGGAUGGCCUGAGAGCACUCUUACCGAAUAUCAAUAUCAACUUUGGAGGCCUCCCAAACUCUACCUCCUCUUCGUCCUCUUCAUCCUCCACUUCCAGCGUGAACCACAUUGGGGCGCCAACUGGGUCAGGAGGGGUCUCGCACAGCCUCAGUUGGGACGGCACGGCCAGCUGGAUGGACCCUGCCAUCAUUACCGGUAUCCCUGCAUCCACGGGUAGCAGUUUGGACUGUCUCCAGGAUGACAACCCACCACACUGGCUCAAGUCUUUGCAGACGCUGACAGAGAUGGAUGGGCCGGGCGGCUCGGUGGCUGCACCCCAGCCCCAGCACACAGGCUUGCUGGAUGCGGCGGCCCACCUUUCGCUGCACAGAGCCGGCUGGGCACCCUACCUCCCCACUCCCACACUUGCCCCCAGCCAGUUCCACUCUCCACCACCAGGCUUCCAGACAGCCUUCAGACCUCCAGCGCAGACCGCUACAGACAUCCUACAGAGCGCCGGCAUGGACCGCCACUAGGGACAGACUCCCCAUCCCUCCAUCCCUCUUAACUUAACUGUAACGAUGCGUGAGGCUGCAGAAUAUCCUGAUCAUUAAUAACAUAACAUAAGCUCUUAUUCAUCUGCCCCCUCUCCUUCCCCUGUUCCCCAACAACCACCCCUUCUUACAGCAUUCAUUUGUCUGUUUCUUUGAGACUCACUUUAUUCGCCGCAUAGUGCGUGGAAGGGCACACAGAGCAGGAAUAGUGAGGGUGAUAUUUAUGCUGGCUAUGCAUAAAAAGGCCCCAAACAUAUAUGGUUCUGGAAAAAAUUAUCAUCAUUCAUGCAUAAGCAUUUGAGAAAGGGUGAACACACAAAAUGGGCAUGCACACAGCUAAUAAUGGUUAAAAAGAAUGAGAGUAGUGUUGAUGUGUCUCACUCGCCAUACAUCUGUCCAUCCUUGGUUCCCAUUCUAAUACUGUGAAUGUGUUGGUCUACUUAAUGAGAACCAUUCUGUGAAAUCCAGUGGUUCAUUUCAGAGGAGUCAGUGCAGUGUACUAGUGUCUUGCCUCAGAAGUCUAUGGUGCAAAUCUACGCAUAAGACUUGAUGACCUAAUGGUGCAUAUAUAGAGGCCCCCAGUCUCCUGGGGGUGCCAAAGGCCCCCACCCAGCAGGGGGGAGUCACUGCUGUACCUCUGUAUCAGAGGAUGGAGCGCUGCCCCACUGAUGGCUGGGGGCUUUGGGUCCUGACUCAUAUUUUACUCACUAGUAAGCGAUCGGUGGAGGGUUUGAGAUGCCACCAUGUGGUACUUGGUCACUCCAUUCCUAGUGAGAGAAGGAUUGAGACUGCACAGCACGUUCGUCAAAGCCACCAGUCUUAAGUAUCGGUGAUACAGGUUUGGGUAGCCAAGGAAGGAUGAGAAAAAAGAUGGUGCAGUAGAUGAGAUUGUUGAUAACUGUUACUAUAGGUAAGGACUGCUUGUGACAGUAACACAGUAACUUCUGGCCAUUUCACAGCCUUCAAAUCAUUUCUCCUUUUCCUUUCUCUCUAUUGUGUGGCCCAUACUAAACAGUAUUUAUCACACAUUCAUUCUUUCAGGAAAAAAAAUCAAUAUAGUCCAACCUUUUGGUUUUAACAUGCUGCUGAGAUAACACAUUUAAUAAAAAGUGAAGAGCUAAAAGAAGAUAAAUAUUUGACUCCUUUUCUGCAGGUCUGGAACAACAAAAUCCUAAAUAAAAUUGAGUACUCAGUG